AUGUCUAAACGGAAGCUUAACUUAUUGAAACUUCCACUUCAAUUGGAGGAGCACAAUCAAUAUAGUUCAAGCUUAACAAAUGAAGCACUAUUCUCAAGAAACAAUGCAAUCAGAGAAAUCAACUCUGUGUUGUUACAUAAAACCCAUCAAUUAUCAGUAUGCGAUUCGUUGAUUAAAUAUGCAAGUGAAUUGCUGACUUUAUUGUCCAAUGAUGAAUAUAGAAAUUCUCUAUCGACAGAAGUUUCUGAACUAGUUAAAAUAGAGCUAGUAAUUACUGUUGUUAACGCAGCACAUGUUUACAAGGAAAUAUCUAUCGAUACAAUGCGUAGAGCUUACAGCUCAGAAGCAAAAGAUGCCUUUUGGAGUACUAGCGGUGUUUACUUGACUUAUGGCUUAGGGUUAUUAGAAUUUCUGUUACAGGAGCAAAAUCAGUUUCAAAUAAUUAAAAUUGACCAAGAAUAUUAUGAAUUGAUAAUAAGUAUGGAAUCAGAAUUUAAAGUAAUACAACAGUUAGGCAUUGUUACAUUAACUCUAUCAAGAUUAAGAAAAAAAAUGUAUAAUGAUUCUAAAGAUGCUGUACUAGAUUUUCAAAAUGAAGAUAUAACUGAAUUAUCAAAAAAUAGUAACUUAUAUGCCAAGUUGGUAAUAGGAUGCAUUGACUAUGCGAAAACGCUUCGUUCUAGUAAACAUAUAAAUAAGGUAUUGGUCACAUAUUUAGAGGCCCUUGCUUUUUUAUUACUUUCUAUGGAUCAAUUUGCGAAGGAUGAAACAGGAAUUGCUGUUGGCAUGAUUGAGGAAUCAUUUGAAAAGAUGUCAAACUUUAUCAGCAACACUAAACUUCAUGAUUCCGUACUUCUUAAGUCAAGGAAAAGGGAUAAAUUAAAAUCAAUGUUUCAAAAAAAGCAAAGCUCUACUGAAGCAAAUUCAAUCAAUUUAGAUAAAAAUUCAAAGUUAAGCACAAUACUUCAAAGACAAUUACCAAUCAUGCAGAAGGAAAAGUUAAGUCCUUUGUUAGAGAAUACCAUAGACGACUUUUUGCUACCACUCAGUACGCUAUUGUAUUAUAGAUACAAAAAAACAAAUGAUACCCUAUUCUUCAAACCAAUUAUCAAUGAUCAUAGAGAAUUGUUAUCACUCUUCCCACAAGGCAAAUCUCCAGAUCUGGCUGGUUCCAAAUGGUACUUUAACAAUAACGAAAUCCAACUAAUGACUGAGGCAUCAAAAGUAUCACCUAACAAAGUAAAUAUCACAUAUUUUUAG